CAGCUGUGAAAGAAAAUAGCCAUUUCUUAGUAAUGACAUCAUUUUCCGGUUGAGCUACAACAGCACGUUCCUGUUUAGCUGAGACGAAUUAAAAAUUGACCGUAACACGAGGAGCUCAUUUUGACGAAGCGUUUCAGUAAUGCGUCGGAACGGAGGCUGUUAAAGCGUAGAAUUCGCACCGAUAUAUAGAACAAUGUGGAAAACACUUCUCUUGGGGGCGAUUUUACUUUGCUGUUAUCCAGUCAUUGAGAGCAACCCAAAGCAGAGUGGUAAAUAUGGUUCAUUACAUACUCUAGGAUCUUUACAGUUUCGUCUUAAUCGACCUCCUCGUUUUCAUAGGCUCUAAUGGCUGCCCCAGAACAAAUAACGUGCGAUUCUGUGGCAAGACUUGCUCGACUGACGGAGAUUGCAAAGGAAAUAGAAAAUGUUUAUGUGACGGAGACUGUGGAAUGAUUUGCGUUAAAAACAGUAAGUGUAUAUGAUUGUAUUUGCCGAUAGGUCUUUGAACGAAGAUUUCUAGAAAACAGAAGGAAAAUUCUGAACCAACGAUAAAUGGACGUGUCUUUUUUCUUAACUUGACUUAACGUGUAAUGUAUUUGACGUAGGCGCUUUUUGAAAGAAGUACACGCAUAUAGAAAUUUCAGAACUCUGUCUAGAGAACAUAUCUUUACGGUUAUACGACGUAAACAUAAUAAUUACGAAACUGUAAUGCAUUCAGAGAUAUUUCUCUUAAACAUCACCAAAAAACGCAAACAGAAAACACGACUAAGAUUACGUUCAAUGUGAACCAAGAUGUCCUCAGCUUUCCAUUAUACUGAGAGAGUAGUUCUAUGUGAUCUAAUCAAACGCAUUUAUUGACAAGGAUUCUUGAUAAGACAUUACAUUCCCCACCGUGGGUCACGCAAUUUUAUAAUCAAGAUUAUUCGUGAUGAACGGGCUACCAGCGUGACGCGACGAAAGUGGCAUAGAAAUUCCUAUUACGUUUUGGGCGAGGCAUAAUAUCUUAAUAAAGAAGUAAAUACCCCAUUUUUUGCCUCCUGAAUACAGUUACUUAUACUUAGUUCUUCAGAUUAUUUUGUGGAUAUGUUAAAAGAAGAAUCAAUGAAUAUGCUAUCAACGCUUCAUUCGCAGUGAGAUUACUCCUCUCAGUACACUGGCCCACUUACAAGCCUUUCUGAAUUGGGCCUGCCCGCUCGUAUGAGACCUUUGUUAGCCUAGGGCUUAACUGUACAAAAUGACUAGUGAAAAAUGAAGCUGCAAAUGCACCAAUAACAUUUGAGGAAUUUGAAACGAUUAUGAUUCAUGAGGAACUACGCCAUCAAAUCUUCAAGUGGAAAAAUGCAUGUCUAAAAAAAGAUACAGGCUCCUGGUCAUAUAAUUAUUUCGUUCCAUGUAUCGUAUCAACAAAUAAAAAGUACGACGAGUGCCCAACUUUCUAAUUUCACAUCUUUUUUUGUAGACCUCAGAUGUGAAAACUUGCCUAAGGUAAAAAACGGGCGUUCCAGCUUCAGCAACACCAGCUACUUUCGCAGCGUGGUGACAUAUAAGUGUAAGAAACCGUAUAAACUCCGCGGCUCAGAAACACGAACUUGUAGAGCUACAGGAAAAUGGGAUGGAGGAAAAACGAGAUGCAGUAAGUAUGAUGCAUAAAAUUCAAUGUGUGUUCCUACAAUUUAUCAAUCCGAGCGUUCUUCCGAUUAUCCAAUCAUCCAUAUUUAAUAGUUUAAAAUCCUUUCUCAGGAUAGACAUUUUUUUCUUUUAUUAUUUUUUCCUACGGCCCUGACAUAAUUUUUCAAUUUAUCCGUCCGUGCUUCCAUUUAUUCACAUUUUAUGCAUUCGCUUAUCUUUGGCCUGUUCGUUGUUUAGUCCAGUCUUUAUCGUUUCCUAGGAUAAAAUUCGAUUGGUUAAUCUUUUCGCAAAGUGCGCGUUCAUUCAGUGAAAGUCAUUUGGUACAGUAAACAAUUCAGUUCACAAAUCAUCAACAUAAUCAUCGGAUCAUUUCUUCGCUAUUGACAGAACCCUUUUGUCAGGAUCCAGGGGAAAUCCGUUAUGGAAACAGACGAACUGUACGUAAUAAGGGUGUGAAGUAUAUUCAUUUCUGGUGUUAUGAUGAAGAUAUGUAUAAAAUGGUAGGAACUCCUCGAAUACGGUGCCAGGAAAACGGACAAUGGAGUGCUCCAAAGCCAAAAUGCAUCCGUGAGUAGUUGAUGUGGGAUAAAGAAUAUACUAAAUUUUACAACUUAACAAUGCUUGGUCGUCAAAUGAACCGCUGAAUGAAAUAAAUCGAAGUCUUUGAUGAGUUUAAACAUCAAAUAAACUUUGAUAUUCUUAAUUUUUUUUUAAUAAUUCGCAAGUCAGAAUUAGAAUGAAAAAGUCACAACAUUAUUCAUGCAAAUAUUUCGGUUUAGCUAAAAAAGACGACUGAACAAUCUGAAAGCAUGCAGACGGAAAGAAGUUAAAUUUUUUCUUUUUGUUGUAAACGAAAUGCUUAACCUCUUUAUUAACCGUCUCCAGUUGUUCUUGUUGAUAGAAAAAUGUAGCCGUUAUGAACAUCAUAUCAAAAGGAAUCGAUUUUAAAGGGAAAUAUGAUCUAGGAGUUACUGGGUUACUAAAUUUUCUCGAUCUGUCCACUUCUUGAGUAUAUCUCGUGAUCACGGCUUGUAUAGAAACUCAAAGUUAUUACGUUCUCUUAUUUGUUCGUUCACCAGCUCCUUUUUGAUUUCCCAUUUCUCAGUUUUAUAUUUUCUUUCCAUGUUUUUUGUUUGAAUGCCACUUUGCAAAUGCUUUUGGUUAUUAUUUUUAUAUAUUAUAGCAAUAGCCCUAUACACUAUAAACAAAUAGGCCUGAAUCUCUUUGAAUGAUAGCACUGUGUGCUUUUUAAAUUUUAAUUCUGUGUAGUUCCUUCAUGUGACAAGCCGAACAUUCCAGACGAAGCUGCUGUAAUCUAUCCACGGUCAAUGGAUAGGGAAUUCAAGUACGGUGACAAAGUGCUAUUGAAAUGCAAGGAAGGAUACUUUAAGUCAGGACUUGGUGUUUACCAAUGCAAGAAAGGAAACAUAUGGAGUGGAGGCAUCACUUGCUCACGUGAGUUUAGUCUGAUUAGAAUUACACUGCAUACUCACUCCGUGCUGACUCGCCAAACUUAGUCAGAAAGAUAUCUCAAUCAAACGCCAGAUCAUUGGGUCAUACUAUUGAGCAUUUUUACUGGGUACUGAUGCACAUGCAUGGCUUUAAGUGCAUUCUAGCUUAGAAAAAGAAAUACCAAAAAAAAAAAAGAAAAAUAAAACUCUCUUUCUUUACCCUAUAGAUGGAAAAAAGUAGGUUACGAGAAAGACGGAUAAAUUGUUGGUUUAGUUAUCCAUUUUUUAUUGAAUAAGGCCGUUUUCUUUGGAGUUUUAAGCUUCCUUACGCGAUGAAAAAUUCUUAUAAUAAGAUCACGCUGGAUUUUUUUUUUCAUAUUUUUACUCCACGGUAUCCUUCAUUUGAUUUUCCCUGCGUUGUGUCUGUGGUAGAACUAACCAGCAAUUUAAAUCAAAAUGGAUCUUGCUCACAUAGUAUUUGAUUAAGAUUCUUAUCAAUUUCAUCAGCUAAAAGCUGUGGCCGCCCAAACGAUAUCCCUAACGGAAAGAUCAUAGGAUACGUAUAUUCCUUUAAAGAAAAGAUCAGAUACGAGUGCAAUGAAGGCUACAAUCUUAAAGGACCAUCUUAUAGAACAUGCCAGGCUAACGAGAAAUGGGGAGAUAAAGACCCUAUUUGUGAAGGUAAGAUAUUCGAUCUUGUAAAUAUUAGGAUCAUAAGUAUUACAGUUUUGUGAGGAAAAUAUAUAAAUUUUUCCAAAUUUACAAUUGUUUUCCCCUAAAUUAAACACGAGUGAGAACGAUGCAUGUAACAUGGAUUUGCAAGUCAGAUGUUGGAAUUAUGGAUCAACCACUAGUCCUCAGAGAAAAAUCUUGCUAUUAAUGUAGAUACUACUUUGAAAUAAAACUGAUUUUCGUUUCGUUCAUUUAAUGAAGGCAAUAAGGAACACGUGGAUUUUCGUGCACUAUUUCCUCGAAAAUCUCUUAAGAAUUAUUUAAUAGCUGCCCUAUACACUUAUGUCAGCAGUUAAACAGCAAUUUGAGGGGAGUGAAUAGGUAAGAAUAAUUUAUGGCGUAUUGAUGAAAGAGUAAUAGACUGUUUUGAACGUACGAGAAACGAAAUACGCAUUAAAAAAAGAUAAAAAUAUUGGAUAGGUAAAUAAAAAAUCUGCGCUCGAGCCAAGCAAGCUUAUCCCGGUUUUUAUAGUAUGAAGCAACUAGGUGUAUUAAUACUCCCGCUUGGUUGAAAGAUACCAGUUCAUCACAAGGUUACCCCCAAAAUUCGCCGGUACUCAUUUAUAAUGAGUAAGGGGGGGGGGGAGCAUUGACCAACGCAAUGACCAAGUUAGGUCUCGAGGCAGAAUUUCUCGGAGUCCAGGCCACCAACAAUUCGGUUACCGCAUCCCACAUAUGGAAAAUAACAUCGAAUAUCAUUUUUAUUCUCGUUUGUUGUUGUUGUUGUUGUUGUUUUUCGAAAGUUGCGGAUUGUGGCCCCUUACGAAAGCCAGAUCAUGGAGAUAUAAUAGAGCAAGUGGCGUUUACCUAUGGAAAUAGAAUAGUGUUCGAAUGCACAGAUACGGGUUAUGAGAUGAAAGGAUCAAGAGUAAGGACAUGCCAAAGUGAUGGAACAUGGAGUGGCUCUCCUACAACAUGCGAAAGUACGUUAGAAAAAACUAAUCAGCCAAAGAAGUCACAUAUAGAUCACGUUGAAUAUUUUAAUAAUGGUAUUUGCUUUGCAACAGAAUUGUAACCUUACUAAUUUGACUGAUAAAUUGAUUGAUUGACUGAGUGACUGACUACUGACAGACGGACUGACGAACUGAUUGACUGAUAACCUGCCUGGCGGAUCGACUGAUUGCGAGUUCCAAUAAAGUUUGUAUAUAUGUGUGUAUCGAGUGGUCAACUAAUUAACUGAUAGAUAACUUGAUCGAUUUAUUAUUGCAGUUGUUCAGUGCGGAGAUCCUGGGACACCCACGAACGGAAAACAAAUUGUAAACAAAGGUUUCGAAUAUGGUGGAUCCGUGGAAUUUAAAUGCUACAAAAAUUACACUCUGGAAGGGACGCGCAUAAUCUACUGCCGAGCGAAUAAACUAUGGAGUGCUUCAGUACCGCAUUGUCGAGGUCAGUAUCAUUUUAUAACAAUCUCUUAAAUUGAUUGUGUGGUCUGUUAGUUCGGGUUAGAGUGGUACCGAGGGGACUGUUGUUGGUUAUUGUGACUGACGUUUCGAAAAUCUUAAUGGAUGUUAUCAUCAGAGUCACGUGAUGCGCUGUCUCUUGCCUGGUUCCCGAUUGGCCAAUUUUCCCGAGGUGUGUUGACUUAAAGAGUUGUGAAAGUUGGUGGUUAUGGGUUAGUUUCGAUCCUUGGCCGUGGGUUUAGAGUUGAGUCGCUCCGUUCGGUUCUUCUGUCGAACGAAUUGUUAUUAUUUUCUGCCCUUUUGUACACACUCAACUGGAAAAGCAUUGCUCAGGAAAAGUAUGAACCAUGAAAACUGAACUCUGGAAAAACAAUUCAGAGGAACGACCUUCCUUCUAAAGGUGAUCAUUAAAGUACACAAACCAAGAAACUCCCACUUAUUUCGAAGAAAAAUUGGAUGGAAUCCCUUGCCUUUUUUUUCUUAUGGUGAUAAGAAUUCAAAAUACCAGUCGUAAACGUGCCAAAAAGGAUCAUUUCAUAUGGUGCCAAUUGCAUUUGUAGUCUUCCUUGCGUCAUAAAAAAUCCUGUUCUCUAACAAGUAAUUUCUCUUUUGGGUUUUACAGCUUCCUGCAAAGAUCCUGGCAAUCCUUUGAAUGGGAGAAAGGUUAACCAUGACUUCCGUCACAAAAAAACAGUGUCUUUUACCUGUCAAAAAAAUUACGCGUUAGAGGGAGCGCGAACAAUUACAUGUUCAAACGGCCAGUGGAGUGCUAAGAGGCCACUUUGCCUUGGUGAGUUUUUCCAGAAAAAUUAUGAUAAAUGCAAGAUCCUGCAUGUUGUUCAAAGGUCUUAGUUUCCUUAGUUUCAUGAUACCAAGCUCAAAACGCAUUCCAAUCGUAAAUAGAUUGCAUUCAGAAACUAACUUUAACAGCUUGUCGUUACUGAAUUAUUUAAAUGGACGUGGAAAGCCGGGAUAAUUUUUUUGCUUAUUUUUUCUUAACACACCUAAAAAAAUCACUCAAAAGACAAUAUUAAAAGUUACGAGCAAAAGGUGAAAAAGCUAUCUAUGAAUUUGAUGUGAAUUUUCCUCUCCUUAGCACUUUGUCCUGCGCCCAUUGCACCAACGAAUGGCAGAAUACAGGGCAAAGACUUCAGACAUGGGCGGUCUAUAAAGUUUUGGUGUUCCCGUGGUUACACAAGAGUUGGUGCUUUUUCGGUCACAUGCAAGGAAGGAAAAUGGGGCGCACCAUUUCCAGUGUGUAAAGGUCAGAAUUGUUAUCUUGUGCUUGCCAUUACUGUAAAUAGCGCAAUUUAAUACAUUUCAACUACUUUCUCCUACAUGGGUGUUCAAGAACUAAGAAAAUCUAUUAUGACAACAGCAAUUUAUAACAAUGUGAUAUAAAAUAAGAGGGAAAUCAAGAAUAACAAUAUAAAUAGAAACAAACUCAAUAAACAAUAAUAAAUUAAUCAAAUUAGAAUGAAAAAGACUGUUUCCAUCGUUCAAAAGGCUUGAUGACUGAAAUUCUUAUGUUCCAGCCCAAAUCAUUUCAACGCCAGUACUAGAUAAAGUUUUACAGUUAAGAUGGCCCAUGAGUUAAAAAAUUUUAGAUCUUUCUAGAGCAGAUGCAAAGGAAAACGGUUUUCAGACCUCCUACUUUAAUCGCAUUGUGAAACUUUGGAAUUACCCUUGUUCUAUUGCUCCUAGUCUUCUAGUCAGGCGUUGGAAUGGGGUGCGUUAGCACACUGAUUGUAAACCUUUGUGAAGGAAAAGUAGAAUGCAAAUUCAGACUUUUUCGAUUAAUGACAAUUUAACCAUGUAACGAAAAAUAGAGAAGUACCAUACAACCUAAUGUUAAGGGGAAUAUGUAGGCAUUUAGAGAACACAGUUUUCCUAAUGAAUACACCGGCGCUGACCUAUAAAUAUCACAGAUCUUUUCUAGUUCUUAGAUAAUAUCUUAAUUGCUCACUGCCGAAUGGUAACUAAUAAAAUAACAAUAUUCUACUUGAAAAUGUACGUCUAAAAGGCAAAGAGCAAUUUAAUGAUUACCUUUGAGCUUAAUUUAGUAAUUCUUUCCUGUUUGACUCCGUAGCAUCAUGUGCUAGGCCCAGCAUACCUGCGAAUGGCAGAAUAGUGGGAAAUAUCUUCAGUCAUGGAAAAUCUGUAUGGUUUUACUGUUCGUUUGGCUAUACAAGAGUUGGCGCCGGUUCGAUUAAAUGCGAUGAUGGCAAAUGGGAUAAGCCGUUUCCAGUCUGCAAAGGUGAGAAAUGUGUUAUUUUUCGCAACUACAUGCAUUCAUGAUGAGUUAAGUAACGUUUGCUUUACGAUAAAUUAAAGGCAUCUGCCCAACGCCGAGCGCUCCACGAAACGGAAAAUUGGGUCAGAAGGUAUCUCUUGACAAACGUUUCCUUGACGGAGAUGAAGCAACAUUCUCCUGCAACCGCGGGUAUGACUUGAUUGGUAAAAAGAGACUUCGCUGUGUUGGAAAAGUAUGGGAUUUUGGAGAGCCUGAAUGUAAAGGUGAGGAUGUUCCAGCCCUUUUGAAUAAAAGGUAUCCCUUGAGAAAUAUUUUUGCUUCAAUGACUGGUGACCGCUUGAAUUAAUAGCUUUUUAGUUUUCCUCUCCCGCCCCCUUCCCUUCUCCCUUUUAAGAACAGUUCUGAUUAUGAAACACAAGCCAAUCAACGUAUCCUCAAGAAAGGAAAAAUCGUUAUAGAGGUUGUAGGGAAUUUGUUCUUUAUGCAAAAAUCGAGACUGACUCAAACUGUUCUGCCGGGAAACGUGAUAUUAACAGCAUCUAAUAUACCAGUAUCAAUUUGCUUCCGCGAUCACAUACAGACGACAUUUGAGUCACGGCUCCUCGAAAAGCAACUCCUGCGGAACCUCUCUUAAUUAAGAUGAGAAGUAAAUAAUUCCUUUGAUCAUAGAAGAUACUUUCUAGGGUGUUUCUUCCAGGAUUUCUCAUUAUAAGUUAUUAAUAUGUAUCAUGAAGAUACAAUAUUCAGUAAAUGACUUAAAGAAACUUUACGUGAUGACAUAAUACAUUUGCGAAACUUACACCACGUAAUCAACAUACUUUUCAAAUUCUUUUAGCUCCAUGCAAUCCCCCAGGAUUCCCAGCAAAUGGCAAGGGGAAAUGGCGGGACCUUAAACACAACUCGUGGGUAACAUUUUCUUGUGAUAAAAAAUAUCAGCUUGAGGGAAGAAGACAAAUGCAAUGUAAAGAUGGCAUUUGGAGUGGUAACCGUCCUAAAUGUGUCGGUAAGAAAAUUCGAAUAAGAUGUUCCUUUGAGUUCUAAUUCAUAUGGAAAAGAAAUUCUGAGCGAUAUCAGUUGUUUUGUUUUUACAUAAAAAUCGUAUAUCCCUUUUUUCUUUGGUCUUCUCCAAAGUGUGGUUAUGGCGUUGCACAUUGUAGAUAUAUUGUGACAACCCCAUUCUAAACUGUACUUGUUUUUAUAGUUCUUCUCCUGUCUUUUCUGAUCUUUGAGACUUUUUGUUUUGUUCUCUACCUACUUUACUAAUACAGCCGUGUGUCCAGAUCCUGGUGAGCCAUUGAGAGGCAAACGCCGUGGCAACAAUUUUAGGAAUGGUAGCAUAAUAACUUUUACGUGCAACACAGACCACGAGUUGAUAGGAAACAACACUAUACGGUGUGAGGACGGCGUUUGGAGCGGUAGCGUCCCUCUCUGUAAAGGUAUGGUAUUAUAUUAGAGGUUUCGAGAGAUAAUUUAGGUAACCCUUUUGAUCCAUUAUUUGGUAAUUCGUUCAGCACACAAUUACACUGUUUAAUUUGUGGGAAAGUAAUAUGCCUCUGAAAUCAAACCAGUUAAAAGGAUAUUCAAAUUUGUAAUUAUAAAUAAUCACCUCUAUAAUAAGAUAACCAACUACCUGUUAAGUUUAAGUUAUGAGGGAGGGAGGGAGAAAGCGAAAUAAAGCUAAAGUAUCGUGAAAGACAAACUUUAAGCGCGAAAAUGUUCAUGAACAGAGAGCAGCCCAGGAAACCUGAUCUUCAAACUAUGCCUCAGCCCUGAAACAUAAUUUCAAGGAAUUGAAAAAUUUCGUCGAUACGCUCUGAAUGGCACAGCGAGAAAGCAAGCUAGGACAAUGCACACGAAACAAACUUACCAAAAAACAUUUCUGCUAUUGAAGGAAAAUGCAAAUUCCAAGGCAGUCCCAAAAAUGGAUACACAACAAACAGAAUCUUCCUAAACGGAAAACUCUUUUCACAUGGUAGCAACGUCGAGUACGCUUGUGAUGUAAAGUACACUAUGGAUGGCACCAACAUUCUGCACUGCAACGAUGGCUUUUGGAACGCUAGCAUUCCCUUGUGCAAGGGUAUGUAUUCAUUCUGUGCUAACACGAAGUUGACCUCUAAAUUACUAUUAUCACCUUGAAAAAAUUGGUGGUUUAUUAAUGUAUUUUCAUUGAACAUCGCUGUUCUCUUUCGUAGCCACAUGUACUGAACCUGGGUUAAUAGACAGAGGAAAACGAAAUGGUACAGAUUUUUCUCACGGACAGGUGGUCACGUAUGAAUGUUCUUCAAAAAACUACAGUUUGGUUGGAAAUCCUCGUCUGACAUGUAACGAUGGAGUCUGGGAUUCAGCUCUUCCAGUUUGCAAAAGUGAGCAUCCUAAAAUAUACAUAUUUUAGUGUUUCUUAGUAUUUUAAAAGACGAAGCACAUAGUUGUCAAUUAUAACCGCCUAAGUUUGGUAAAUUUUCUUAGCUAGAAAGCCAAAAACACCAUGAUCAAACAUAUGCUCGCAAAGCAUGUCACACAGACCUGUUUGGGCCACACACUUCGAUGCAAUAAAGUUCUUGCAAUAUUUCAUAAAGUAAUUUGGUGAUACUCAAUUGCCCAACCUCUCCUUCUCUAAACUCAAGACUUGUGGCAUAUUUUUGUUCUAAAAUAGACAUUAUUUUGGUUGUCGGGGUACGAAAGAGGUCUCAGUGCCCAAGUAUAAUGAUAGGCAUAUAUUAUCAUGGCAUUAUCUGUUAUAUCUUUCAGAGUCUUGUAAACCCCUUCCACUGUUAUCUAAUGGAAAAAUCCAUAACAAUGGUGUCAGUCAUGGGGCCGUGGUCUCUUUCUCCUGUAAUUCAGGAUUCCAGCCCCAAGGGUCCUUGCAGAUCAAGUGCCUCGAUGGGAUAUGGAAUGAAAGUUCACCGAGUUGCAUAGGUCCAGUUUCUCGUCAAUCCAUUGCAUUAUCAUAAUAUCUUUUUUAUCAGUAUCACUAUAUCAUUAUCAUUAUGUAUUAUUUUAUUUUUAAUUCAAAUUAUACUUGUCACCUUUGAGUAAUAGUUAAGUGUCGUCUUUCUCUUCCUUUAUUCAAUAAGGGAAACGAUAUCGCGGCAUAUGAAUGAAUAACCACCAAUCAAUCAAAAGUCAUACUAGCCUGCAAAGCAGGCGUAAUUUUGGCGGGCGAGUGCUUAGUAUUUUCUUUACAAAAAUUAUGGCCGCCAUCUUUGAUUUUAUGGCAGCGAUGGCUGGGGAAGGACGACGAUCAAAAAUAAGGAGAGGGGUAGGGGAGUUAAGAUUACUUCUCGCCCUCCUCCCGCCUCCUACCCUCACCGUCCACUCUAACUCCAAAUCAAACAUGGCCGGUUGAAUGGACGAUCCCGAGCUUAUAACGUUUGAUCGUCCAAGUGAGACACCUGCACAGCAGGCUGAAGUCAUAUAAAUGUGUCAAUAUUUCUUAACUUCAAUUUCCAUCAAUUAUUGGUAUUUGGCAAUACGUUUUCCGGAUUGUGUCAUUGAAUAUGACAGUUUUAACGAAAAGAAUAGGAUGGAUCUUGGACCAUCAGCCUCGUGUUUAUUUUCGUUUCAUUAAUGUUCAUUUAUAGUGUUAUGUUCAUCUAUAAGCCAGUCUUAGUUAUCUGCUUACUUGUUUCUGUAUUUAUUGACAGCCUCUAUUGUUUUCUUUUAGGCGUAUGUGCUAAGCCGGGAAAACUCCGUAACGGGACAGUUGUCGGAAGCAAUUACAGCUACGGUUCUGUGAUCAAGUUUAAAUGCAAUAAAGGCUACAAGUUAAGAGGCUCAGCCAAGUUAAAGUGCAGAAGGGGUGUAUGGGAGGGUCAAUUUCCAGAGUGUGAAGGCAAGUUUAUGUGUAAUGUAAAUAACAAUGAUACCAUCAAUAUUUCAAUGUGAAUACAGUUGGUAACUCUGUCACGAUUAAAGUGACAGAAAAAUAUAUUAGAGCAAAUGAAAAAGCAGUUUAUUCAAUUACCUGUAUAGAAACGCUUUUAGGGUCUGUAAGGUUCCUGAAAAAAAGUUGAGCGUGUAAUCUGACGUGUUGCAUACUGUAUCUAAAUGUAUGUUCAAAUUUUUAUUUAUCAUUCAUUACUGCAGUUUGAAUUAAUGAUAGUUUACUCAUUUUCCUUUAGUAUGUGUCCGGGUCGGAGCAGUGUUUUGGGGAUUUUGGCAAAAUAACAUGAAAGCAGACAAUUACUGGAAAGCUUCCAUCACAAGGAUAACUGCAACACAUUUUGACUUCGCAUUGGUAAACAAUAACAAACAGACGCGUAGUUACCGAAGGACUGAUCGAAAGCUCAUCAUUGAUAAAGUACCAUCCAUAGGGGACUUAUUACCUAGCUCGCCUGUUAUAGCCCAUCAGUUUGGCAACUUAGGGUGGUAUCGAACUGGAAAAGUUAAUAAUACUUCAGGUGACUCUUUGGUGAAAGUGCAGUUUGAUGAUGGUGGAAAAAAAUGGGUUAAGCUUGGACGUGUACGUUUAGUUUCAUACCCUGACUUUUGCUCUGAUGUUGAGUAAAACACAAAAUAUAACGGACUGCUUUAAUUUGAGAAUAACUCAUUUACGAUUUCCUGCUUGGAAAAAAAAAAUUCCUUACAGCCAUGUAGCUUGUUGUUAGUGUGUCGAGACAAGUUGGUUAACCCUCUUUUCUGAAACUUCCUGUAAAAUUAAGUGUGAAGCAGAUUAGCAUUGGGAGUGCAAUCAAGUGACAUCCCCCUUUAAGAUAUGAUAGAAACCAAGUUUAGAAUUUUUGUUUGUUUUUGUUUUUUUUUUUCACGGCCCCAGUCUUAGAUUGUGUCACAGGUAAUAAACAUACUCCUCCUGAGGUCUCUACGCC